GACGGAAUUCCCUGAGUGACCUGUCCUUUCGCUAGAGCGAUCGGUUCCCGCGAAGGCUGGAGCGGUAUAGAGAAGGUGAGGAUUCGUCAGUCGUUGAAAAAGGGAAACGUUAGUCCGUCGUGCCGAUCCGUGCAACGACGAUGGCUGGUGGGGCGGUGACAGCUACAGCAGCCGCCAUGGGACAGUCCGUGCGAUCUCGAGCGUCACGUGAGAGCAUAGACUUGUCACGCUCCUCUCUCGUGACAGAGGUGCCGGCUCCACCAUCGCCGAUGGAUCUGGAGUUUGCAUUCCCCGGCCUGAAAGAGAAUGGCAAAGCCGAAGGCGAUGGAACGGGCGCUGUGACGCCAUCGCUUCCGGCAUCAGUGUCGCCGCCACCAUCAUCGUCGGUGGCAUCUGUGAUUCCAAGCGGCAUGGAGGUGUCGUGGAAUCGAGCGGCCGGUAUGAAGAGUGACUUCGUGGUUCAGGUGGGCGACGUGGUAUUCAACGUGCACAAGUUCCCUCUGUACUCGAAGACGGAGUACUUCGCCGCCAUAGCCGUCCACGACGAGUUAUCACGAAAGACGUUCGCGAGGCUGGACGAGGUUCCAGGAGGCGCCUCCACGUUCCUGCUCGUCGUUAACUAUUGCUACGGCUUCGACAUCGAGAUCACGGUCAACAACGUGGCAGCUCUUCGUUGUGCAGCGGAGUACUUGGAGAUGAAGACGGAAUCGCGAGCGGGACUCGCGAGGGAAGGGAACCUGAUGAUGCUGACCGACACAACUCUGCAACGUUUCCUCAGCUACUGGUCAGACGCUGUGGCCGUCCUCCAUCGCUGCGAACCACUGGUGAACACUGGGGAAGGGAGCGAGAUCGUCCAGCGCUGCGUCACCGCCAUAGCCAAGGCUUGCCAGACCACCUCCAUAGCCAAGGACAGCACGAAGAGGGAGGCGAGCUUGCUGGCUACCAUUCCGACUCACGAGUCGGUGCUGAGCCUACCCCUCACCCUUUACGUCAAGAUCGUGGAGGCCAUGUACGUCGCACGUCUCCCCGCGUCAGCGAUCGGCGCCUCGGUGGAGGCAUACUGCAGGUUAUGGCUGGCCAACGGGAGCCUGUCGGCCACCCCGUCGUCUAGUCUGGCCCUCCCCCUCUCUCCGGCUGCCGAUCACACCCAUACAAAAGCCGGUGGUGGCUCGAUUGCCCCCGGCGCUGAUAUCGCCGCCGACAGCACGUCGACGGCAUUUGACGCUUCGGACUGCGAAUGGCUAGCCGCUGUGACCGAGUCUGCUUCUUCGUCCGACGGCCCUCUCGAGUGUGUCCUUUACGGAGAGAGGGAAAGCCAACUUGAAGGAGGGUCAUGCAUGCCGGUCUCUCGUCUGCCACGGCAGGAGGUCCUGCGAUACCGCGAGAUUGUGGAGGCCUUGACCGACCUGCUGCCUGAGGACAAGCGCGCUGUUCGCGUUUCCACCCUGCUUAAGCUGCUGAGGUGCUCUGUUCUGUUCGAUGCAAGCAGCGAUGUCCGGCAAAGGCUGGAACGGAUGGCCGGCGCACGGCUGGACGAUAUGGAUAUCGAGGAUCUGAAUCUCAUUGGCACGGAUGUCGAGGAGUUUCUGGCGUUGAUCCGCGCUUUCAAUGCGGCCGCCGAGGAGGAUCUCGCGCUUGAUGACCACAGCUAUGGCGGCAAUGACCUGUCGGGUACUAACAGCUGUGGCGCUGCUGGUGAUCGUGCGUCGGUGAAGAAGGUUGCGGCAUUGAUAGACGACUACCUUCUUCGCGCAGUUAACAAUGGAAGCUGGCACAAUGACAGCGAAAUGCUGACGGGGGGAGGUGGUAGGGGUGGUCGCCCACUCAGUGCAGAGCAGUUCAUGGCCCUGGCUGAGUCCGUUCCGCCCGAGAUGAGGGUUAGUCAUGACGAUCUGUUCAAAGCUGUGAUGACAUGGGCGUCCGGGCCGGACCACUUCCUCUCCGCCGCGGAGAGGAGGGACGCUCUCCCUCACUUGUGUAAUUUGAUAGAUCCGUCACUGCUCUCCCAGGCGGUAGCAGAGCGCGCCGCCACAAUGUGGGACUCGCUUCCUCUUCCCUUCAUUGUGCAAAUCCUUGCGAGCAUCAAGGCACACCUCAGAGAGGUGCUUGACAAGCAGCUGACAGAGUUCCGCAAGGUGGAGACCGAGUUUCAUCACGCCAUGGAGGAGAAGAAGGGGAUGGAGGCGGACCUUGCCGGGCUCCGGUUAAAACGCAUGGCUUCGGACGACACACUGGCCGGCAUGAAGAGGGCCAUGGAAGAAGAGGCCAGAGAGAUGGAGCAUAGCGUCCGGGAGCUGGAAGGGCAAAUCGAGGAGAUGCAGAACAGGAUAAGAAGGUUGCAUCAGGAGAACGAAGAGUUCCGUACGGAGAAGGUUUUCAUUGUGGAUGAAGAUCUUGACAAGUACAGCUAGAAAGGGUGGGUUGGGUUGGGAACAAGGGCCGCAGCAUAUCUAUCACAAGAGAUGCGGACUCUAGGAGUCAGAAAGAAAUUCAAAGAAUACAUUUCUUAUUGACAAAUUGAAUGUGAAAUUUGAAGAGAUGCGGGCAUGGAUUACCAACACCCUGGCACUAGCUGGCAGGCCUCAGGCUGCUGCUGCACAGAAAACCUGACAAAGGAGGUUUGAAAUAAAUCAAGAAAUAAUUUAGAG